AUGCCCCAGCAGCUUCUUACGUCUUUUUUCAGGUCGCAAUCGCAGCAAUCUGAGGCUGUGAAUAAGCAAAAGCGCACAGAGCGUUCAAAUGUGGAUAAUGACAUAGUUGAUUUGACUGAGUCGCAGGAUGCAGAGCAGGGGGUGGGCGAGUGGGCCGGAGAUGACGUGAAGAGCAGCAUUGGCAGGUUCAGGCUUGCGAGUGAAGAACAUGGACCUUUGAAGCGUAAACUGGGCGGAAUUGGCAAGGAGAGUGAGCCGAGGCCGAAAAAGCACAAAGAAGAUAAUGCAGAGGCUCAAAGGGUGACAGGGAGUAAAGCAGGGGUGGCAGUUCGACCAGCAGAGAGUGAUGCGGUGGCAAAGAUGACGGCGUCUGUGAGCCGAAAGUUUGGAUUUUCCAGUUCGGAGCCGGUGGAGUUGGAUUCGGAAGUCCACGAGAAGUUUCGGGAGAAGUUGCUAGACCGGGGAGAUGGAGAAAGAAGAGAGGAAGCAAAUGGAGGAAAAGCAAGUGGAGGAAAAGCAAGAGAGGAAGCAAGUGGAGGAAAUACAAGUGGAGGAAAAGCAAAAGAAAAAGCAAAAAAGCGUUCACAUAGAAGCAUUAAGAAGACACCCCUCGAGAAGCAGAUCAUCUCGUUGAAAAAAGAGAACCCAGACAAGAUCCUGGCGGUCCAGGUGGGCUACAAGUACAAGUUCUUCGGCCGGGACGCACAGAUCGCGUCGAAAAUCCUCAACAUCAUGCUUGUGCCCGGCAUAUUGUCGCUGGACGGGCCCCAGGACAGCCUGUACGAGCGGUUUGCGUACUGCUCGAUCCCGGACACGCGGUUGCACGUGCACCUGCGGCGGUUGGUGCACCGGGGGCUCAAGGUGGGCGUAGUGGAGCAGCGGGAGUCCGCCGUGGUACGCCAGGGCCGCGGGGUGUCGUCCAGCAAGCUUUUCGAGCGGAAGUUGGCCCACGUUUACACGUCUGGCACGUACAUAGAUGGGGAGGAGGGGGAGGUGGGUGGAUCCAGUGGGCCUGGUGUAUGUAGUGGGCCUGGUGGAUGUAGUGGGCCCGGUGGCUCGAGUGUGUCCGGGCGGUCGAUUGUGUGUUUACAGGAGCAGCUUCCCCGUGGAAGUUCACCGGGAAGUGCACCGGGAAAUGCAUUGGGAAAUGUCCCAGGCACCUCCUCUGUGUCAAUUUCCAUCGCGGCCAUCAACGCGUACACCGGGGACAUCACGUACGACGAGUUCCACGACACCGCGGCCCGCGGGGCACUGGAGACCCGGCUCGUGCACCUGGAGCCCAUCGAGAUGCUCCUGGUGGGCGAGUUUUCGCGCGACAGCACGCGGUGCAUCGACGGGUUCAGGCUGUGUGCCGCGGGCCGGGACUGGGGGCAGCAAAUGCGUCUUGUGCGAGUUGCCGGGCAGAAAACGGCGGCAGACGUUGCAGACAAGCUUGCCCGGUUCGAUAUCGGGCCCCGGGCCCUGGAGAUCGUGCUGCAGCAAUCGGCAAAGCUCCGGAGUGCGUUCUGCGAGCUCAUCGGGUACCUGGCUGGUUUCCGCAUGGCGUCUGCGUUCCGGGUGGCCGAGAACUACCGGGACUUCUCCGCGGUGGACGGAUGCAUGGUCUUGGACUCGGACACGGUCCGCAACCUCGAGAUUUUCCACAACCUGACCACGGGCACCGAGCAGGGCACGUUGUUCUGGAUUCUCGACCACACACGCACGAGAUUCGGCCGGCGGAUGCUCCGCAGAUGGCUCGAGAGACCACUCACGAGUCGCGAGGGCAUCCUGGAGCGGUCCGGGGCCGUUCAGGCCAUUAUUGCCCAUCCCGGGUCCGUUCCCGUGCAGACCGUGGCCAGUUUGUUGAGCCACUGCCCGGACCUCGAGCUCUCCUUGAGCCGGAUCCACUACGGGCGGUCCAGCCGGAGGGAGGUGUAUGUUUUCGUGCGGGACGUGUGCCGGGUGGUGUCAGUUUUCACGGGGCUGCGGCGGGAGCUUGUUUCUGGUGUGUUCGAGUCUUCGUACUUGGUUUCGUUGUAUGAGGCGAUGCGGGAGAUGGGGUGUAGGGAGUCUAGAGAACUUAAAGAGUCUAAGGAAAGUGAUAAAGAACUUGAAGAAGGAUCUAAACAGUUCAAAGAGUCUAAAGAGUUCAAACAGUCCAAAGAGUUCAAACAGUCUAAUGAACUUCAAGAAUCUCAACCGCCCAAGAUAUCCCCUCCCCUCUCCUUGGCCCCAUUUCUCUCCCUCCUCCCCAUGAUGUACUCGCCGGCCGCCAUGGACCCCAAGAAACCAGAUGACCACGUCAUCAAGUACUUCACCCCCCAGUUCUACGACUACUCGUGCAUCGAGGCCCGCAUGAACGACGUCCACCGCGUGGAGAAGCUUCUAGAGGAUGAGUUGGCCCCCGUUGCCCGGGAACUCGGCCGGGACCGCUCAGCACUCAAGUACACCACCAACAACGGCGAGAGGUACCUGGUGGAGGUGCGGAACACGCGGUUGAAGACGGUUCCGGCCUCCUGGGUCAAGGUGAACGGCACCAGGUCGGUCUCGCGGUUCCGGCCGCCGUCUGUGGCCAGUCUCUUCAACCAGCUUCUGUUCUGCGAGGAGUCACUUCGCGAAACGUGCGAUAAGUGCUUCCGGGAGUUCGUCCGACGCAUCGAUGCACACUACGUGGCACUUUCGCGGGCCAUCCGCACGCUGGCUGUGCUCGACUGCCUCUUCUCGCUAUCUGCAGCCUCAUCUUUGGGCGGAUCAGGGGCCAAUACGUGCUAUUCGCGGCCCGAGUUCGUGGACAGACCCAUGCUGGACAUCCGGGAGUCCCGGAACCCGAUCACGGAGACUUUGAAGCCCGGGAGCUACAUCGCAAACUCGUUCAAGGCCUCCCAGAACAACGGCCGGGUUGCCAUCAUCACGGGACCCAACAUGGGCGGGAAGUCGUCGUUCAUCCGCCAGAUUGCACUAAUAGCCAUCAUGGCACAGACCGGGUGCUACAUUCCGGCCGCUGCAGGAAGCACACUCGGCGUCUUUGACUCCAUCUUCGUCCGCAUGGGUGCCUACGACGACAUAGUCAGGGGCCGAUCGACGUUCCAGGUCGAGAUGUCCGAGACGAAAAGCAUUCUGGACCGGUGCACCGACCAUUCCUUGGUUCUCCUUGACGAAAUAGGCCGCGGAACGAGCUCCAUGGACGGCUGUGCCAUCGCAUACUCCAUUCUGCACUACUUGUGCUUCGACAGGCUGCCAUUUGUGCUCUUCAUCACCCACUUCCAGUCCUUGCAGUCUUUUGAGACUAUGACCCACGGUACCGCCAAAAACUACCAUCUGGGGUUCAAGACUGUGUCCGAUGGUGCUUCCAGCGACUCCUCAUCCUUGGUGUUCACCUACAAGUUGACGCCGGGUCCAUCUGCCCGGUCCUACGGCGUCUACUGUGCCAAGUUGGCCGGGAUCCCGGCCCAGAUCACCGACCGUGCCUCACUUGUCUCCGCUGACGCAGAGAGGGCCUCGCUGUGCCGCCAGAUGAGGAGUAUUGUGGGAAAAUGUGAGCGGGGGGUGGAGAGCAAGGAUUAUGAGGAGUUGUGGGGGGCCAUUGAUGAUCUUGAGUGA